AUGUCGUCGCCGCCGCCGCCGCGGGAGUGCCGGAUCUGCUACGAGGCCUUCGACGGGGCGGGCCGGCGUCCGCAGCUGCUCUCGUGCCAGCACCGGGUGUGCGCGGGCUGCCUGCGCCGGCUGGCCGCCGAGGAGGCUUCGGGGGGCCACUCGCCCGGGGGGAACCGCCGCCUCCGCUGCCCCUUCUGCCGCCGGGAGAGCCUCCUGCUGCCGCUGCUGCCCCCCGACGGCGACGAGGAAGCCCCCUCCGCCCCGGAGGUGCUGCUGUGCCCGGGCCUCCUGCAGCGCCCCCUGCCCGGCUCCUCCGCCUGCCUGGUGCUCACCCUGCUCGAGGUGCCCCAGGAGCUGGCCGCGCCCCCGGGCCUGGGCCUCCGCGACGUCGUGCGCCUCUACCGGCCCCCCAGCCCGGCCCCCCUGGCCGCCUCGUGGCGCGCCCUGCCCCGCCGCCUGCUGGCCCUGCUCUACUUCAGCUCCCUGCCCCUGGGCAUCUACCUCCUGCUGCUGCGGCGCCUCGCCCUGGGCCUCGCCCUGGGCAGCCUCGUGCCCGCCACCCUCCUUGUCUGUGAGUUCCCUGCAUUG